CAUAUAGCUCUCAUGCCUACAUUUUUAAACAUGUCCUUUGAUUUGGAUCAAAUCACCAUGGCUGAUGUUAUCCAUAAUGAUUCUUGGGUUCAUGCUGAUCACAAUGGCCUUCUUAGUAACAUUCUUAACUUUGAUCUCUGCAAUCUGUGUGACAUUGACCCUUCCUCCAACAACCGCUGGGUCUGGUACCUGUCCCUCUCCAAACUUAAGAUUUCUGCUAAUGUUUAUCAUACUUUAAAUAAUACUGUUCCCAUCUCUGAUCAUUGGAGUGGUUGGAAAAAGCUUCGGUCUCUCAAAAUUGCUCCUCGGAUUAAGCACUUCAUCUGGUUAAUAUUUAUGGGUAGACUCCCAACGACCGAUCAUUUAUUUAAUAUUAACCUUGGUCCGGACACACCUUGUGCUCUCUGUGGGCUUCAUCGUGAAACUAUUGAACAUCUUUUCGUCUCUUGCCCCAAAAUUCAACCUGUCUGGAAUUAUCUUAGCACACGGACUAAUCGUAACAUCUCUUUCCCUGAUAAUUUUUCUACUGGGUCUUGGAUUACCGGCUAUAAUCAUUCUCUGUUUGUUGUUUCACUCAUUGUUGCUUGUGCCUGGUUUCACUGGAAAAAUCGUUGUGAUGUUAUUUUUCGCAAUGCUCAACUGAAUAGUAUUAAUAUUGUCUGCAAAGCAUGGGCUCAUGCCAACGAUUGUAAUCUCAGUACUCAUAGCCUCCUUGGCAGAAAACUUAUCAGCAAUAACUUUUCUUGGGCUAGUGGACAUUUCUUAUUUACCUAUACUCAGUUCCAGAGCUCCAGGAUGCUUCUCUAGUCCUGCAAAUGAUCUAUAUAGUGGAGAAUUGCUCGCUUUUGCUGCUGCUUUAAACAUAUCCUGGGAACAGCGCGCUUCGAUCAAGCAUGUGUUCACUAAUAGUCGUGCCACUAUCUACGCUCUGUCUGCUAAUCAUUCUCCUUUAUUCUGGAGAUCCAUUGCUUCCAUCUCCAAUACCAGAUUUCUGUUAAACAUGAAUGGCAACCCUGCUGUGCACAUCACUCCUAAGACCCUGCGAUAAGCCUUGCUUCCCUCGGUCACAAUCAUCAUACUCUAAGCCUGUUUCUAUCCGGUCGAGAUCUGCCCUUUUGGAUCAUGAAGAGCUUUCAUGCUGCCGGUUUCUCAUUUCAUUAAUGCCUUUGUUUGCCUGUUGUUUUUUUUUAGUCUUUGGCUUUUUCCUUUCCUUAUUGUAGCUUCUUGUACCUUCGUAUUCUUCUCUUUUAAUAAAUCAGCCUCCGGUGAGGUUCUUUCACAAA